GACUGUCGUUGCGUCCGCGUCCUGUCCUCGUCCCACCUACCUCGACUCCGAUUUCCACACUUCCUCGACCCUACCAUCGAUAGCUUCAUUGUCCUGCAUCCGAGUCACCAAGCUUACAACGACAUGAUUCAAGAUUCACACCCGAUUCCAAGACAUCCAUUUCCGUUCACAUGAGCUCCACGGCCUCCUCAGCCACCAGAACCGUCCUCGGCGGCGGCGGCGGUCCGGCCUUAUCCAACGGCUCCGGAUUACAUACCUUCGCUAUGGGCGGAGAUGGGGGCUCUGCCGGCCGCGGCGGCAAGCCCCCGCUACCACAUAUAGAUGACCUCACAUCCACCGCUCCUCACAUCGAUAUGAACCUACCCUUGCGCAAAAUCCUUGAGAUGGCCGACAACGCCAUGCGACAAGCCGAGACCUUUCGCGACUUUGGUCGACCCGAUAUGGCCUUCAAGGAGUACAUCAAGGCCUCCCUAAUUGCUGUCAAAUACGUCCCUAUGCACACCGAGUCCGUGUCGGUUAAGGGUGGCCGCGGGGACUUGAACCGCAUUUAUACUGCUCUCAUGAAGAAGAUAGAUUCACAGCAUGGAAACUUUGAGAAGAUCAAGGCGGACAUCAUUGCGGAUAAUCACAAGACGGGCGUCAGGCCCACAACAUCAAGACCGACCUCCAUCAGCAACGGGGAUGCCAUCCGCCCGCGGACACCGCAAAGCCCCCCGGUCCUUAGCCCCACACGAGCCGAAGCCGGGACGCAGGUCAACGGGUCGCCGGCAACGAAAACGAAGCCGGCCGUCCAACCGAAACCCCAGUCGCUGCAUGGAAACGUGAUACGUUCCGGGGCAGGCGGCCCUGGCCUUCCUAAGAGCAAGGCCGCCGAGGACCUAGCUGCCCGCUUUGCCAAUCUGCGAGGACCGGUAGCAUUGCCCGGCCAGGAUCCUCGCAUACGGACGCACCCCAUUAUGCCCCCAAGACCGGCAGGACCGAGAGCGAUGCCAGAUCCGCCUGACAAGCCAAAGGUGGCUGUCGUGACAAGCCUUCCGGAUUUGCCCAAGAUGCCAGAUGCGAUCUAUAGCCCGGCCAGGGGGACCGUAUCCAACGAAGCGGCUUCACUACCUUCGAGUACACCAAGAGGCCUGUUUAGUCGGACAGGCUCUUCAGCAUCGAUUAAUACCGUCGUUACGACUGGCAGAUCAUCCUCUGACUACUUCACUGCCUCCAACCCUGCCGCCACUCCCAGAACGUCUAGCAUUUCGAUACCCGAGGGCGACUCCGUUACUGCUGAAGAUUUAAUGAAUUACAUCAAAAGGGGCUCCGCAACCCUACAAGUCUUGAUCAUUGACGUCCGAGGCCGGGAGGACUUUGACGAAGGCCACAUACUUUCGCAAGCGGUCAUCUGCAUUGAACCUAGCAUUCUCCUGCGAGAGAAUAUCACAUCGGAGCAAAUAGCUGAGAGUAUGGUUCUCUCGCCGCCCCAGGAAUACCACCAUUUUGAAAGGCGGGAUGCUUUUGAUCUCGUGGUAUUUCACGACCAGGAUUCGGACUCAAUACCACGGUACAUUUCUCCCGAUAUGGACGCCGCCGCUUUGUUAUCCCUUCAACGCGCCUUAACGUACUUCAACUACGGCAAAGACCUGAAGAACCCCCCUAAGCUGCUGCAAGGAGGUUUGGAUGCUUGGACCGACCUUAUGGGCAGAAGCGCCCUCGCCACGUCACAAACUGCCGGUGCUGUGAGAGCACCCAUGGCUCGUUCUCCGUUGAAACCUACCAUUUCCAUCUCUAAGCCUAGCAGGAAGUACAAGGUGACGCCGUUGAAGCCCGAGGAGGUCAAACUUUGGGAGGAAACUUUGCACAAUGCUGAGAUCGAGACAGCACGAUCUCCCGGCUUCAUGCAUGUCCGCAGUACAGAGGAAUUCUUGAGAAGAUUUCCUGCGGUAGCCACAGAGCAGGAAUCCAUGCAGUCGCCAAUCAGCCCAGAUCGGCCGAAUCAUGGCUAUCCCCAAGGUCAUGGCGAUAUCUAUUCCGAGCUGCCAUCGCCGCCUACUCGACCUGCACCGGCUGUACCUCGUCCGAGUUAUAGUGGCUUAUCACAGAACCAGGAUGACCACGAGGCCCAUGCCGGGAUUGCCAUGGCGGUUCAAGCCCGGAAUCUCAAGCAGGGCCCCCUCGCUCGUCCAGAUUCUCCCUCGAUCGCAAAUGCCGUCAAGGAUGGCCAACAUAUCACAGGUCUCAAUAACCCUGGUGUAUGGUGCUAUGCCAACAGCACAAUUCAAGUCCUUCGGAUGUCGCCUGGGUUUGGCAAGGACCUCGCCUCGUUCGAGUGGCAAAACAUGUACAAGGUGCCAAGGAAAGCCGACGAGAAGAAUGAUCACCCCCAGCUGAUGUCUCGGAUCUUGUCCAACUUGUUCCACUGGCUAGACUCUGGCAAGUUUGACGUCAUGAAGGCUCAAACGCUUAUGGACUAUUCUCGGUCAGUCUGUGAGAAGAGCCGUAUCAAAGACAAGGGUGAUGAAUUCGGUGGCAGUCGACAACAGGAUGCUCAAGAGUUCAUGUCAUGGCUCCUGACGUACCUCCACGACGAGACAAACCAACGUCGAGACCGUGCUGACCCAGACAAGAUUCCUCCACCACAAAUGGGGGGCGGCAAGUCAAUGUUGCAAGGCAGUUACGAGUGGUGGGGCCAAUACCAAAGGAAGAACUCAUCCAUCGUUGACAAAUACUGGCGUGGCUUGGAACUUUCAACCGUGGUCUGCACGCAGUGCAACAACCGCACAUACACCUGGUCUCACUACGACUUCCUUUCGGUGCCUGUCAACUCGAGGCUACAUACCCUCGAAGACUGCUUGAGAUCGCUGCUCGAACCCGAAAUUCUAGGCGACUAUCAAUGCGACAAUUGCAACAAGAAGGUAGAGGGCAGAAAGCAGUCUAGGCUGGCACGGAUGCCCGAGCUGUUUUGUCUUUCUUUGAAACGCUUCAGCUACCAAGAUUACAGCAGAGCAUCAAAGGACAGCAGCAAAAUUACCUGGGACUUUAACAAAUUCAACCUCGACGAGUUCUUUAUACCUCCCGAAGAACGCCAGACCGUGGGUCCUCCGCCGGACGAGAAGUUUGAGCUCCCAUUCGACUACGAGUGCUAUGCUGUCAUUGUCCACUCAGGAUCAUCGAUCAGUACUGGGCACUACUACGCCUAUGUCAGGGACCCCCAUAACGCCGAUCCUACGGUUUGGUACAAACUCAACGAUUCCAAGGUCACAAGAAUUGUAAUCGAUGGGACGGGCCGAGGGUCUGACCUCAGCGAUACGGUGUUUAGGAACGGCAGCAGUGACGUGCCGUAUCUAAUCUUCUUCCGGAGGAAAGGCGGCCGGUCAACGGGGAGAUGAGUAGGUGGUGGUAAUAGAGAAUUGGAAUAAAGGGGAAGAGGAUGUAACACGGCGAGGUACUGGAAGAUUCUGGACCAUCUCGAAAGCGACU